GGUCAAACGUUAUACAUUACUUCUUAUCAUUGGUUUUCAUUUUUAUACUUGUAAAUAUUUGAUUCAUUUGUCCCUCCGCUGAUAUAACUCUAUCAUAUCGUGAGAGAAUCUUGAUCGUUGGUCAAUUCAUACAUAUCAUCAUUGUAAAUUAAAAAUAAUUACGCGAUUCUUGUAAUCUUUCUCGGUUAUAACUAAAAAGACCGGAAGUUCUAUUUACAUUCAUACAACUUUAACGGAUCCAACCAAAGCGCUUUUAUGCAACUUAUCUAGCGAAAUAUCAAGGCUACUUCAAAUUAUACGCCAAUAUAGUAUUCUCAGGUUAGCGUGUCACUUAAUUACCUAGGGUUCCGAAUCUAUUUAUGGUAGUCUUAUGUAAAAUAAGUUUAUUCGCAAUUUUGCAAAGAGGUCCAUAGGCAAGAGAUUUUGAGCUUGAUAUUUGUAAAAUAUAAUGAUCAAAUAGGUAAUAUUCUGGAUUUUGAAAAGAUGGGCUCCUCAAAUACGCUGGAAUCCGAUAUGCCUUACUCGGGCAAUUCGGCUUCGCAAAUUCUCAAAUCGUCUAGGCAUAAAAUAUUACCUCCGAGGAUUUUUUCAUUCUUUGAUGAAAAUGAAAGUUCAAGUCAUCGUUUAUGGAAUAGUAUGUUAGGCACACUAAAUUAUGAAAACUUAAAUAAAUUUAACAAGUCUCCCGAUAGAAGCUCAAAAUUCGAUAAAGAGAACCAAAAUUGGAAUUCGUAUACUUCAGAUUGUAACAUUAAUGGGUCUGAUAUAACACCUGUAAAUACUAGUGGAUUAACCAACAUCAACUAUCAAAAUGGAUUGCAAAAGUCAAAAAACAAUUUUGGUGGAUUUCACACAAACGGUUAUUUGAGUUCCCAAGUUACAGAAAUUUCUGGAUAUUCCGAUGGUAGUGGGACUGUGAAAAUGUCCUUCAAUAAAUCAUUUGAUACGGAUAAUUCCACGUCACCCAUGGAAAGCCGUGAUAGUAGAAAUUCCCCAACCAGAGAUAUGUAUAGCGCUGAUAUAAUGGAUCAUAAGUCAGUAUAUAGAAAGGAUCUCCCUAAGCACAAUACGUACUUGAACAACCAUUUUAGCAUUAGUACAAGCCAUUCAAUAACCUCAGAAAAUCCUCUUUUAAAACAUUCAAGCUCUAUUAGGUCCAAUAAAUCUUCAGAUAACUCAAUAAACUCUACGGGUUGUCCAAAUGACAGUGAUACUACGGACAUGAACGAUAUGCAUUACUCAAAUGAUAGCAGGAUUAUACAGUCAAAGGGAAAACAUAUAAUUGCAACGGUGCAUAACGUCUGGAAUUCGGAAAGUUGUAAUUCUGCGAAUACGCUUAGUGUUAAAAAAGAUGAUAAAGUAGAGUUAAUCGCUAGGUGUGAUGAUUGGAUUUACGUAAAAAUGAUGAACCCGAACUCCACUGACGUUUAUGGAUGGAUUCCAGAAUAUACUCUGGUUGAAUCAGAGCUACUAUCGAGAAAAUUUUAUAACACAAGUGCAGAAAGGCACUUUAAAUCAUUGUAA